ACUUUGAAUGAAACCAGUUCUUUGAAUGGAAAGAGUUGAUGAGUGAGCUACAAUGGAUGAGAGAAGGGUGUAUGAUCAAUGUCUCCAAUUCAUUGUGUAUCAGAUACAUGCACUAGGCCUGACUAACUUACAUGCAUACAAUAGCACUAUAGCUUGAGGGUUUAUUGAAAGCACCACUUUGUUAUCUAUUGUUUUGUAGUGAAUAGCUGACCUGUUCCUUUACAGCGCAUAUCCUUUCAUUAGCAGGGGGUUAUAAAUAGACUCUCAUACGUCAAAGGGUUUGAUCCAUGAACCCCCAAGCAAUCACCUCAAUGCAUGACUAAGAAAAUUAAUCAAUAGCUUUUUUUUCAGGAGAGGGUGGCCAUUCCUUCAUUUUAAUACCAUACACAGAAAAUCUAGAAAUAAGACCGACAUAUUAAUGCAAUGUAAUGAUAACCGAUGUAAAGGCCUAGAUGUACAUUUGCUUUUAUCGUGGUCUACAAAGAUUACGUGUGGACUGACAUGUACAUGUAGCCAACACAAUACCAUGAAGCUUUGGUAAGCUCAAAACAAGCUUGGGAAAUCCAACCAAUUAUGAAAAAGCAACUUAUUGAAAAAAAAGCCAAGCAUCUCGUUAUUUUUCUUAUUUACUCAUAUGGCACUACUGUAUAAAGGUGAAGUUUGUUUUGUGCCCUAUUGUUGUUUGGCAUAUUGCCAGUUCUGAUACAUGUCAACAUGUGUAUAAACCUACAUGGGAAGUAGACUACUGGUAAGACUGAGAUCUUUCUCGCAUUCUCCUUUGUGUUUCAAUGCAGGUCUUUUCAAAGAGGAUGUUUGUAUUGUGAUGUCAUAAUCGCCCUACUUUCUUGAACUUGAUAUGUGUUUCAUUACACUACAGUAUCGUUAUGUGAUACCCUUUUUUCCCAUGAUAUAUGUCAUGAAUGAUAGAAUGACAACAACAUGAGAGAAUAUGAUAGAAGAAAAAUUGAAGAAUAACACAAGGAAAAGUAGAAGGAGAAGAGGAUUGAUAACAAAGAUUAUCAAGAAGAAAGAAAGAGAGAUAAAAUGAUAGGAGACCAAAUGACUUGAGGAAAGAUAGACAGAAAAGGAUAACAUGAUAGAAACAAAAAAUAGCAUAGGACAAAUAGAAAGAGAAGAUUAUAGAAGGAUAAAGAUAAAGGAAAUAAAAGAAAAAAAAGAGUAAGCAAAAUGAGAAAAAUGAAAGGAAAUAGCCUAAGGAAAGGAUAACACAACAAAAGAUUUGUUUAGAUGCAGUUGCAAUGAGAAAAAGCAAUGACAAUCAGGCCUGCAAUACAUACAAUGGAUUCCACUGAAAAUGACCUGUGCUGUCAUAGCUACGGGAAGAAUUCCUGUUUUUUUAUGGCAUCACAGAUCUCUCAUAGCCUGGUAAAAGUUGGGAUGAGUUUAAAGACAAAUGAACCAUACCUCUGGAGCUGUCCUUUGGAUCAACCUAGCGUAGACCAGUCCAAUUAAGUGAGUGAGAAUGGGGUCUAUGUUGUCAUUAGUCGGAGACAGGUUAAUUUGAAUUUGAAUGUAUUUGCUUUUUGAAUGUAUUUCCUUUUGAAUGUAUUUCCUGUAGCCGCCAUGGGGCCAUUUAAUUUACAGGUUGGUAUCCAACUAAUUUGUGAGAUAAUAGUUCUCAUAUUUUAGUAAGGAAUAUUCUGGAGGAAUUGUUCACAAUUGUAGUGCUGGAUGCCUGAAGCCAUUGUUUAGUUAUGAUUGUACUUUGGAGUGUUUUUUCCUGAGUGAGUAGAGCCCUCUGACGUCAAACUUUUUAUGUCAUCUUUGUGUGUGUGUGUGUGUGUGUGUGUGGCUUGUGAUGUUAUGCAUGCUGGCUGGCAUGCAGUGUGUGUGUUGGAGUGCAAGCUGGUCACAGACCGAGUAUAAGGCCUGGUGAUAGCGACAUCACCUAACUCAUUUAGUCCCUGCUAGCUGGGUUUGUAGCAAGCAAGGAGGUGCACCGCCUCCUGUGCGGUACUUUCUGUUGAUGUAUACAUUCAGUAGACUGCGUUUCAUUCCAACGAGCAACAGGGUUAUGCGUAAUUCAUUUGUUUGGUAUAUAUUUCUUCAUAUGACAUGACAUGAUAUGGCGCUCUAGCUGUGUUUUGUUUUUUGUUUUUGUUUUCCUCUUUCAACAAUGGAUAAGUGAAUGAAUGUUUCCUUCACUUGAAAUCACUGCACAUGAUUUUGAUGUGAUUUGUAUCAACUUUUCAUAUUCAAACCAAAGUGAGAUAUUGACUGUCAUGUUCACUUUGCAUCAUCGUUACUAUCAUCACAAGUCGGAUGGUAGUUCACUGUGAUGCCUUGCAAACUACGUCACUUGAUUGAGCAUCGUUACUAUCACAAGUCGGAUGGUAGUUCACUGUGAUGCCUUGCAAACUACGUCACUUGAUUGAGCACUGAUGUCAGGUUUGUUGGAGCCACAGUGAACUUGUGAUUCAAUCAUCUUUGUGUAGUAAUAACUGAGCGUAAAACUUCAGCACACUUUCUGUGAGACUUACAUCGUUCUAAAAAGCAAAUCUCAAAUCUCUGGGGAUAUUUUCUUCUUGUCAUUGGAAUUGAGCAAAGCUGUUAUAAAUGCCAACAGACACUGAAUUGAACCCAACGCAGUCAUCCUCCCUAUCAUCAACUAUGACUGCAGCAGCUAAGUCUGCUCUUCUCUAUUCAUCCCCAAAGUUUAGGGGUGCAUCAUGGGGCCAAGGCAUGUCAGAAGCUGUUGGUCCCGGUUCUGAGGCAGUCAACAUCACAAGCCAGAUCAGCAACAUGCACCUUAAAGGUGAUGCUGCUCCUGGUCAGAUGCCUAAUGCCAGUAUUGCUAGUCAGGUCCCUGCUGAUCCUGUAGCAACAGAUCCAAGAGUUGUGCCACAAGAAUGGGUUUCUCUACAACAACAGCAACAGUGGCAGCAACAUAUGUUGCUUGCUCAGUUCAAGGAGAGACAGGCACAACUAGUCAAACAACACCAGAAACAGCAACAGGAGCUUAUCAUGGUACGCCAUGUGCAAAGAGAACAACUCCUGGAGCAACAGAGGUUACUUGAGGCUCAGCAGCAGCAGCAACAACAGCAACAGCAGCAACAAGCUCAGAAGCAACAUCUCGAGCAGUUGUUAGCAAAGAAGCAAAGUAAGCAAAGUGCCAAUGCUUCAACAGAAGUUAAGGAUAAACUGCAGAAGUUUCUCUUGAAUCGGCAACAAAGAACCGACUAUGGAGGGAGUGGACCUCUUAACCACUCACCUCCCUAUAGGCAUUGGACCCCUCCCAGCUCGAUGGAUCACCAUUCCCCUCCACAUAAUGUAUCACCCCAGUUUCAUCACCAGCCAAUGGGGUUUGGCCAAUAUGAUAGCAGCAACUUUCCCCUCAGAAAAACAGCAUCUGACUCCAACUUGAAAGUAAGAUCCAGAUUGAAAGAGAAGGUUACGGAGAGACGUACUCAUGGUAGCCCUCUCUUGAGAAGAAGAGAAGGACCAAACUCUCUCAAACGGAAACCCAUCAGUGGAGAACUCAACUUAGAUACUUCAUCAAACAGUGCUCCUGGAUCCGGUCCUAGUUCACCACUCAGUGCUGGAGCUGCUGGAGGGGGUGAUAGUCCUAAUGGACUAUCUGUAGCAGCAUUACCUGAGGAGGCAAGUAGCGCGACUAAGAUGAUGCUGAAGCAGAGGUUAUACGGUGUAGUGAAUGAUCUCUACAGCUCUCCAUCUCUACCUAACAUAUCUAUCGGGAUUCCUGCUGCAAACAACCCACAACACUCGCCACCUCUGGGCCAAGUGAAACCAGGUCUACCAACAGCAUCCAUGUUAGGUGCUGCACCUCUUAAUCCAUACCUUCCUGGUGCACCUCUCUCUCUAGCUGGUAUUAAUCCUGCACAUUUAGCUUGUAUGACCUUCCAGGAUUUUCAGCAGGCCCAGACAGCCGCCAUGUCAGCUGCUCAAAUCGGAAUCCAUCCAAAACCAAUCAGACCGGUGACGCAUAGACCCCUAGUGAGGACCCAUUCUGCCCCUCUGCCUAACAACCAGCAAGUUCCUACCAGCCAGAGACCACAUUCUAUGUUACUCUCUCAUCAUCAUCAUUCACAGUUACUACAGCAACCGCAUCAACUCCUCAACAAUCUUGCUUAUCAAAAGCUCCUUGAAGAGAGAAGUGAAGAGAGAGUUCAAGAAGAGAGAGAACAAGAAGAAUCUGAAUCAGAAUCCGCUGCAGGAGCUACUGCUUCAGGAGCACCUAACAUGCCAUCACCGUCCAAGGCUAAAGAAGCUCUUAAGAAUGCCAUCCAUAUCAAACAAGAACCAAUUGAUUUUACUGAAGAAGAAGAGGAGGAGGAAGAAGAGGAUGAUGCAGAGACAGAGAUAUCUAAAUCUAGAGAGGAUAAUUUAGACAUGCUAAGACCCUCAACAAUGACCAAAACAGGAAUGUUUGGUGGCCAUCGUCCUUUGAUGCGGGUACGCAGCUCACCGGCUGCUGCUGGUAUCCCCUCACUCUCACUCAACCAUCAUCAUCAUGAUCACAAUCGUACCAAACACACCUUUACUACCGGCCUUGCGUAUGAUACGUUGAUGUUGAAGCAUCAAUGCCAGUGUGGAAACAAUCAGAACCAUCCUGAGCAUCCUGGACGUCUACAGAGCAUCUGGGCUAGACUUCAUGAGAGAGGGAUCGUUAGUAGAUGUGAGCGUAUAAGGACGCGGAAAGCAUCAUUAGAAGAGCUCCAGUCUUGCCAUAGUGAAGGCUACACGUUAUUCUUUGGUACAAGCCAGACACACAAAGCCAAGUUAGACAGCCGUAAACUGGCUCUCAUACCCAAGUUGAAUUUCACUUGGUUGAGUUGUGGAGGUCUCGGUGUAGAUACAGACACAGUUUGGCAUGAUAUCCAGUCACCAGGAGCAGUCAGAAUAGCUGCUGGAGCAGUGAUUGAGUUAGCAUUCAAAGUAGCUACAGGAGAGCUCAAGAAUGGAUUUGCCAUCGUAAGACCACCAGGACAUCAUGCCGAAACAUCACAAGCUAUGGGAUUCUGUUUCUUUAACUCGAUUGCUAUAGCUGCUAAACAGCUAAGACUCAAGCUCAAACUCAACAAGAUACUCAUCAUUGACUGGGACGUUCAUCAUGGUAACUCUACCCAGAAGAUCUUCUAUGAAGACCCACAUGUACUCUACAUCUCAUUACAUCGCCAUGACAACGGUAACUUCUUCCCUGGCACAGGGGCUCCAGAUGAGAGUGGAUGCGGUGCAGGUCUGGGAUACAACGUGAACAUAGCCUUUCAUGGUGGUUUGAACCCUCCAAUGGGAGAUGCAGAAUAUAUAGCUGCAUUCAGGUCUAUUGUCCUGCCAAUUGCUCGGGAGUUUUCUCCUGAUGUUGUGCUUGUAUCCUCUGGUUUUGAUGCUGCCAAUGGGCAUCCUAAUCCAUUAGGGGGAUAUAAAGUUACACCAGCAUGUUUCUCCUACAUGACCCGUAAGGUGAUGGGACUAGCGAAUGGAAGAGUGGUGUUAGCUCUAGAAGGUGGUUAUGAUCUGACGGCUAUCUGUGAUGCAUCAGAGGUGUGCGCCCAAACUCUCCUAGGUGAUGACCCUUCACCCCUCUCAGAAGACGCUAUCAAUGGAGUCCCUAAUGCCAACGCAGUAGAGUGCUUACGUAGGACUAUUGAAAUACAAUCCGAGUACUGGACAUCAGUCCGAGAUCAGUCUGCUACUGUAGCUAUGUCUAUGCGUGAUUCAAUGAAGAGGAAAGGAGAUACAGAAGUGCCUGUUAAUGAGAUGGCAUCACUAUCAGUACAGCAGGAAGCUCCAAGAAGUUCAGGAGAGAUCCCGGAUGAGAGUGCAAUGGAGGCUGAAGAAGCAGCCCCUUCAUAAGGAUGACUCCCUGUUUAGUAGGGAGGGAGCGUAGUGAGUGUGGGUAAAGAAAGAAAGCCUACCAAACCAAACCAAGCUCUUAUUAUCUAUCACGGAGCUAGGAGCCUAAGAUGGAGGGAGGUUGAAUGCAUCCUGCCUGCCAAGCAAGCAAUUCACUGAAGACAGACAGACAGACAGUAUUGGUUUCAUGUGUAUUGUGUUGUUGACUACUACAGCCUUCAAGGAACACACUCUUGCGCAUGAAGAUGAAUACUUCAAGACCAAGAACUAAACAGGAAUGACCGUCCAAUUUAUUCUACCCUAACGUUUCCUUACGAGCUUGGGUACAUACAUGCAGGCAGGUAGGGAUGGAAGGAUUGCUGUUUGUUUGUUUGGGAAAUGAAUCAGUAUUUUCUUGUUUGAUUUUUAGACAAGAUUGGUUUUAAUUUCCUGAAUAGUGUCACAUGAACCUGGUCAGUCUUAUCUGCUCAUAUUACGUACUUGACGUUUGAUGUGUGGUAGAAAGAGAGAGAGAGAGCCACAAUCUUGUUCAUGUUUGGAGUGCAUGCAUAUAGCUAUUGAAUCGAGACUGUACUAUUAGCUCUAAACACAUGAUGUUUGACAAGUUUGCAAAUUUAAUAUAUGUAUGUUUGUUGGCAUUGAACCUUUUUAUAUUCAUCACAAGUUGUGGUUGUAUUACACGUGUUGUAGUUAGUUCAUCUGUACAAAGUUGCUUGUGCAUAGUGUUUUCUAUCAUGACUGAAAAGGGUUAGAUGUAAUUGCUUCGAUGCACAGAGUUUGAAAAGGCAUUCCACAAAGUGUUACUCAAAUCAUAUUUGUACACGUAAGUUGAUUUUGUUGUUGUACAAAACAACAGAAAUUUAUUGAAAAAAAAUGAAGACAAAAAUUGGAAGAUGAAGAGAUGUCUUAAUGAGUUUUUUGUAGAUGCCACUAUCCCGUCCUCCCUCCCAUGCGUUAUACCCUACAAGGUCCUCUAGGUAGGAUGAAACUAAUUCCUAUUGGUCUCUGGGUAGGAUGAAACCAAUUCCUAUCGGUCUCUAGGUAGGAUGAAACCAACUCCUAUUGGUCUCUGGGUAGGAUGAAACCAAUUCCUAUUGGUCUCUGGGUAGGAUGAAACCAAUUCCUAUUGGUCUCUGGGUAGGAUGAAACCAAUUCCUAUUGGUCUCUUGAUAGGAUGAAACCAGUUCCUAUCAGUCUCUAGGUAGGAUGAAACCAAUUCCUAUUGGUCACUGGGUAGGAUGAAACCAAUUCCUAUUGGUCUCUGGGUAGGAUGAAACCAAUUCCUAUUGGUCUCUGGGUAGGAUGAAACCAAUUCCUAUUGGUCUCUGGGUAGGAUGAAACCAAUUCCUAUUGGUCUCUAGGUAGGAUGAAACUAAUUCCUAUUGGUCUCUUGAUAGGAUGAAACCAGUUCCUAUCAGUCUCUAGGUAGGAUGAAACCAAUUCCUAUUGGUCACUGGGUAGGAUGAAACCAAUUCCUAUUGGUCUCUGGGUAGGAUGAAACCAAUUCCUAUUGGUCUCUGGGUAGGAUGAAACCAAUUCCUAUUGGUCUCUGGGUAGGAUGAAACCAAUUCCUAUUGGUCUCUAGGUAGGAUGAAACUAAUUCCUAUUGGUCUCUGGGUAGGAUGAAACCAAUUCCUAUUGGUCACUGGGUAGGAUGAAACCAAUUCCUAUUGGUCUCUGGGUAGGAUGAAACCAAUUCCUAUUGGUCUCUGGGUAGGAUGAAACCAAUUCCUAUUGGUGUCUGGGUAGGAUGAAACCAAUUCAUAUUGAUUUCCAAUUAAGAUGAAACCAAUUCAAAUUAAGGAAUCCAAGAUGUCCUGUUCUAGGGCAUCAUAGCAUAUUUAUGGAGUAGAGAACAAUGGUUAUAUAUGAACCAUUGUCUUUCAAAAAAAUCUAUAUUUGAGUCUGCGACCGCACCAUAGAGUUAAGAUCAUCUUCCUGUAUCUCUUUAUAAUGAGAUACCCUUGCCCUAUGGGUGGG